AUGGAAGACCAAAAAAAAAAUAACCAAGAAAAUAUAAAAACAACUGAAUUGAAAAGUGAUUCACUGAAAUCUCCGCGAACUUGGCAAAGUUCUAAUUUACUUUGCCCCCAUGGAGAAGGCAAAAUGUUCUCGAUGCGUCAUAUAGAACCUGUUUCAUCUAAAGAGUUAUCUGGAAAUAAAAAAGUUUUGGAUCAAGAAACUUUAAUUAUUGAUUAUAAAAUAAUCGAGUCAGAUGAUCAAGUAAAUGAUGAUAUUAUUAGCGAGUUAGAGAGACACAUUAGAGAGCUAGAAACAGUUCUCUACAUUACUUCUUUUGAUAUUUGUCCAAAUAAUAAUCACAAUAUUCAAGAAAAUAUGAAAACUAUUGAAUUGAAAAGUGAUUCGCAUAAAUCUCCGCAUACUUGGCAAAGCUCUAAUUUACUUUGCCUCCAUGGAGAAGGCGAAAAGUCAUCGAUGCGCUAUAAAGAACCUGCUUCAUCUAAAGAGUUAUCUGGAAAUAAAAAAGUUUUGGAUCAAGAAACCUUAAUUAUUGAGAAUAAAAUAAUUGAUUCAGAUGCUCAAGUCAUUAACAACUACAAGGCUCAAUCAGAAAAUGAAUAUUUUAUUAGCGAGUUAGAGAUAUACAUUAGGAUACUAGAAGAGGAGUUAGAAGAAAAUGUACGAGAAUUAAGAAUUAAAAAUGAAAGGCUAGAAGAAACAGAUCUCUACACCAUUCUUGUUCCUUUUUUGUCCAAAAUGCGAUAUUAA